AACGCGCUCACUUCCCGUCCCCCGUCGGGACCGAGCGCGGGUGCGAGGGAGGGGUCCGGACCUUCCGCGCAGAGAUGUUUUGGAAGGGCAGUGUUUCGGCCCGUGACUCCUUCGUCUUUCUUACAGAGGAAGUGCUGUCAAGCCAUGGUGCCACUCCUGAGACCACAAGCGCCGAGAAUAUGCAAUGCUUAACGGUGACCAUCCUUCGAGGAAAGGAAGGCUACGGAUUCACCAUCUGCUCCGACUCCCCAGUGCGAGUCCAGGCUGUGGAUCCAGGUGGGCCAGCGGAUCAGGCAGGACUGCAGCAGUUGGACACUGUUCUGCAGCUGAACAGCCAGGCUGUAGAGCAGUGGAAGUGUGUGGACCUCGCCCAUGCUAUCAGAAACAGUCCGAAUGAGAUCACAGUGGUAGUGUGGCGUACUGGUCCUGCAGCUAAGCCCCAGUUUGAAGGCCUGAUCCACAGGCCGUCCUACAAGCCGCCGCACUACGACGCGCCGUCGCCCCCCGCCCGGAGGAGGGACCACACCCCCCCGGUGCCCCCCCUCCCCGCGCAGAACAGACAGGCCCGGCGAGGCCUGCCCAACGGGAGCGAGGGGGGCGGGGGGAGAGCCUGGGGCGAGAGACGGGACGACAGCGAGGCCAAAGCCCGCACGCAGACGCUGAAGGGCACCCGCGUGACCUCGCCCACCGGAGACAAGAACUACAUCAUCCUGGCCCCCAUCAACCCAGGAAGCCAGCUCCUGAGGCCUGUAUAUCAGGAUAACCAUGCUACACUCGGGAGGAUGUACCACACCCGCCCUCCCGGCGGUGUCCAGCAGGGUGGCAGCAGCAGCGGCGGGGGUCUCCAGGGCAGGACGUCCUUUCUGAGACGCUCCCACAACAGCAAGACCUCCAAAAUGGCGGCCCCUACGGGCCACCCGCAGAACCUCAACUACGCAAACUACCAGAACUGCACCAUCGUCCGCUCCCACUCUCCGCACGCCAACUACGGCACCUACGUCAAGCUGGCUCCCAAAAUCCUCAUCUUCCCCAUCUUUGUGCAGCCUCUGGACCUGUGCAGCCCGACCCGGUCCCUCAUAUUGUCCGAGGAGAUCAUCCUGCACGAGAACAAGCACCUGUCCAUCAAGGUGACGGUGUUCGUUUACACAGACCUGAUGUUGGUGACUCGUGAGGACGAGCCGGGCCGGUGCAACGUCCUACAGAACCCCCUGUUCCUCCAGCACCUCCGGCUGCAAGACGAUUCCACUGACGGACUGAGGUUCUAUGUCAUUCACAUGACUGAGAAGUGUGACUGCUUGCUGAGCCUGGAGGCUUUCUCUCUGGAGCAGAAGAGGAGGCUGUUCCAGUGUCUGAGGGAGAACAUCGAGACGCAGCUCCACCUGCAGCUCCAGCGCAGAGACAGCCCUGCCCGCGACCACCAGAUGCUGGAGCCCAAAGUCGACGAGCAGUGUGACCCGGGGGUGCACAUUACCACGGGCGAGGACGGCCCGCCCUGCAGCCCCCCUGAGCCCUGCCCGAUGGACAGCCCCCCGCCCGAGGUCACGACCCCCUCGGAGGACGAGCUGAAGACCCCUCCCACCCCCCCGCCCUCCACCGAGGGGGAGGACUGCCGGAGCAUGGAGGGGGGGCCCGAACCCUGGAAGGAGAAGGAGGCGGAAGAAGAGGAGGAAGUGAAGGAGGUUGAGGAACAGGGGGAAGAGGAGGAGGAGAGGCAGCAGACCGACGAGGACAACGUCUCCGAGGCCGCGGAGGACACCGGGCCCCCUCCCUCCUCUUCCUCCUCGUCCUUCGUCAUCCCCGAGCUCCGCCUGGACCGGUCCUUCAGCGCCGACGCCCUCUCGUCCUCGCCCACCGACGAGGAGUACGACGAAGACGAGGAGGACGACGAGGAAGAGGACGACGACGACGACGACGAAGAGGAGGACAGCGACGACAACUACCUGGAGCGGAGCGAGAGCAAGCGGCGCAGCGUGGGGGGCGUGGCGGCGGUCGCCGCGGCGACGUGUGAGCGGCACGGGUCCGGCCUGCGGGUGCAGAACUCCCUGCGCAGACGCACGCACAGCGAGGGCAGCCUGCUGCAGGAGCCCCGCGCGCCCUGCUUCACCUCCGACCACGCCAUCGACCGGCUGGACCCCGCGGGGGCCGGGCGCAGCAAGGUGGGCUGGACCCUGCCCUCUCCCCGCACCCUGAAGAAGGAGCUCACCAAGAACGGGGGCUCCAUGCACCAGCUCUGCAUGCUCUUCUCCGGCAGGAAGCUCAGCGGAGGCUCUGAGUGCAGCUGUGACCUGGGACCAGACGGCGGCAAGAAGAAGAAGCCCAAGAACCUGGCCAAAGACAUGAAGAACCGCUUGGCGUUCCUCAGGAGGAAGAAUGAGUCUCCCGGAAGUUCUCCGGCAGGCAGGCUGGACAAAGCCAUGAAAUCCGUCAAACCGGCCCCAGAGGAGGCGCUCAGAUGGGGCGAGUCGCUGGAUAAACUGCUGCUGCACAAAUAUGGCCUGGCAGCCUUCAGAGCGUUCCUACGCACGGAAUUCAGCGAGGAGAACCUGGAAUUCUGGCUGGCGUGCGAGGAGUACAAGAAGAUCAAGUCCCAGUCUAAGAUGGCCUCCAAAGCCAAGAAGAUAUUCGCAGAGUACAUCGCCAUCCAGUCCUGCAAAGAGGUGAACCUGGACUCCUACACCAGAGAGCACACCAAGGACAACCUGCAGGACAUCACGCGCUCCAGCUUCCAGCUGGCUCAGAAGCGCAUCUACGGCCUGAUGGAGAAGGACUCCUACCCCCGCUUCCUGCGCUCCGAGCUCUACAUGGACUUAGUCAACCAGAAGAAGGCCAGCUCCACAUCCUCGUCCUCCACGUCGUCGUAGAAACGCACCGCAGAGUCACAGACUCAGAGACUCAGAGACUCAAGAGACGAACUCGAAAAGCAGGGCCUCCUCAGGCCCGGGCCAGGCUCUCCGUCCACCAUUUUGUCGUUUCCGUUAACCCAUCCUGUCGACCGGUUUGGAACGGGAGUUUUGUAAGGUCGGCAGACGCACUGAAGAGAGGGGAACGUGGUGCUGUUUAUAUGGAGACGGUGGGAGGGCCCCGGCGUUUUGGGGCCCUGAGGACAGGGGCCAGGGGCCCCUGGAGCAGGAGCUGGAGUCCCCUGUUAUUGUCAGUCAUUAAUAUUAUUAUUAUUGUUAUUGUUCUUAUUUAAGUUUUUUCCGGACGUACUGGAGAAUGGAGGAGGUGUUGUUGCCCAACCCGAAAAGACACGAACAGUCCGGUACUGUUUUUGUUCAAAUCCCCCCCCUCCCUCCUCCUCCAUUGAGAGCUGUUCAAGCGCUGUUGGUAAAACAGAGACCCCGUUUCAAUGACUCCCCACCCCCAACACAACCCCAUGCCUGCCGCAUCGUUACUUUGCUGCUUGCGGUGAACAAGGUCAAGCGGGGAUGUUGGUGUGCCUGACGACCCUCAGCAGGAGCUGUUCGCCCCAGACGCACGCACGCCCGUAUCCCAGCCUGCACUUCUGCCCCCGUCAGCCCUUCUCUGUCUCUGCCCUCCCAGAGAAGAGAGGUGUGCAGAGAGGAGGACCUGCCAAAAGACAUUUGGACCGAACCUGCAGACGGUGCCAAACUGCGUACCCGGUUCUGGUUCCGUCUGGAGAAGAACCUCUGCUCCUCUCCGAAAGACCGGAAUGUUCUGUAGAGCAGUUCAUUGUAGCUACACCCGGACUGGGCCUGACAGUCACCUCAGGACAUUGUAAAAAAAACCCGCUUCGAAGCAUCCGCGUUCUUUUUUUUUUAUACUUUUUUAUUUUCUACAUGCAAAAUGUUGUGUUUUUUAUUUUAUUUCAUUUUUUUUUUAUUGUUGCUCUUGGUCAAAACCUGCACUCUUAUCGUAGCAGGGCGAAUCACAAUUAUGGGUGUUCGCCCUUUUCUUUUGAAAAGUGUGAGAUUGCUUUACCUGUACUAAAGGUUUCCAUGAUAUUUAUUUUCACAUUUCUGAAGGCUUCUCAUUGGCUGAAAGCUCUUCUGUCCCCAGCCAACGCCCAAUCAGGGCCGCCCUGACUUCAAGUGCAAUAUUAUGACUUCCCCUUGCAUAAGUUUCGGUUUUCUUUAUUCGUUUGUUUUUGUACGUUUUCUUUUUUCGAGCUAGACAAUGGAUUGAGCUGUGUAUUAACAUUGUUUGUUAGUUUCCAAUUCUGCUUGUGUGUCGGCUUAACCGCGAAAAAGAAAAGGUUUAAAAAGUUAUCUAACAUUAUGACCCCGGCAGCUGGCAGUCGUGGGCUUGAGGUUGUAAAUAUAAUUCUUAAGAAAACGAUGGAAAAUGAAUAAAAAAGUUUUAAAAAGCAAACAGACGAGAUUUCGUAAUUGUAAGAUAAUUGUAUGGCUGUAACUGUGUAAAUACUGCGGGGCUGGAGCAGAGACGGGGAGGGUGGCACGGCUCGCCUGUUCUUGUGGGACGCAUCGUUUUCACUUCACUGUUUACAAUUCAGAGCAUCUCCCCCGAUAGUGAGAAAAUAAUAAUAUGGUGUCAUUGCUACAGGUAAAUAAAACAACCGACCGAUAAAUAAUAA